UCCAAAUCAUUCCCGUUUUUCCGGUAUGUAAUCCACAAGUUGACAUGUUUUGAUGCGAACAAACAUAACCCUACUCUCUCUUAUUAUAUAGAUAGAUAUCGAAUAGUUCUAGAUAUUCUUCUGGAAUGAAUAGCUCAGUAGAUACGAGAGCACCUUUUCAUAUACGAAAUCAUUAGAUGAUAAAGUUUUAACGUCACCCUAAUCCACUCGUGACAUUUUAUCAUCAAGUAUCAGAACCGUAUCAGAAUUAUACAAUGACUGAUCUAUAUGGGAGGCCUUGAUUAUUAAGGCCGGUUGCAGAUGUACUACUAUGGCAUGUGGGACCGACAUACCACAGAACAAUACAACGCAGAGAGUCUUUCAAACUACAUUUGAGAAAACGCUCAUUAGUAUGAUUUUGGUAUAGAAGCUAGGGGAAGCGUCGUGCUUAAACCAGUGAUACCACAGUUGCAAGGAAAAUAAUCGCUACCACAGCGCGCAACGCCAUGUGGAAGUAUCAGGGCCAAUGCAUAUGCGCUGCGUUUGUGUUACCACAGAAGGGAAAUAGUAGCUCCCAUAUCCCACACGCGACAGUGGUUCGUCUGCAACCGGCCACACUUAUGCAAUGUAGCUCAAAUCAGUUUGAAAGUCAAGCAUGCGCAGUUCCUUCAACAGCUUGUCAGUUCACAUCUGUAAUUCAUCCAGAGUUCUAAAACUUAAUUUUAAAGAAGAAAAAAGACGUUUAGUGACAUCAAAAUGUAAAUUGCAAAACAUUCUACUUUACUUCACAUUUUCAAAAUUAAAAGUAUUUCAAUCAAGUUCAACUUGUAAUUGAAAGAAAUAUUUCACCGAAUGCUUUUGGUCAGAAACAAGCUGACUUGUAUGCGAUGAACGUUAUCAGUCAACGGAUCUACAGUGAUUCAACAUACAAAAGUAGAGUUGAAAGUGUAACAGCCCAAGAAAAUCUGCCUAAAGUCGAAAAAAUCCUCAUUGAUUUAAGAAAAGAGUCAUCUGAAAUGGAUCAACUCUCUCAAGAAGCACCAAUAAGUGGUGAUUUAUUAUCUAGCAAGCAUGAUUGCUGUGAUAUUCUAGAAAAAAUAAACACUUCAACAAGUAAUUGCGGAUCAAAACAUUCACCCGUUGCAGACAGCGCAAUAGAUAUUUACGAAUCUUGCCAAUCUUUUUACAAUUCAUCAGUUAGCAGUGAUUUGGCCACUGAAUGUAUCUAUCACGACAUUAUGAAACAACGAAACCUAUUGGCUAGCAAUACCCAAUCAGCCAAAUUAGCAAAUGAAAGUGAACUGGCAAUUGAUUCUGUUCCUCAACAUUUCGGCUUUCAGAGUACACCUAUUAGUAGUGGUGAUUUUUCAGCUGCCGCGAGUGUCCAUCAGGAUAAUGUUACUGAGCGACAUUUUCAAGAGAAUCAAGGACCUAAUGGUGAUACAGGGUCAAAAAAAUCUGACUCUUUCAGUCGCAAUUCAACAGUAGAUGAAGAGGUGGAAAUAGAACAGCCAUAUUUACCAAAACUAAGUUCUCAAAACAAACGUCAAGAUGAAAUGAACAACGUUGAGGGAAAUGGAAAAAUGAGAGAGGAUGAGAAACAAAAUUCGUCUGCUCAAGAUUCGUCGUCAAUCAUAGAUCGCGCUUAUGCGAGCAUCAUGUUUAGAUAUGGUGGAUUUAGGCACUUCAACCCUGAUCAGUUCAGUGGAAAUAUGUUUGGAAAAAGAGAUGUUUCAUAUGCUUGGAAUUAUAGAGAGGAUGACACAUCAUCACAUCUUACCAAGAGCGAUUCUAUCCGUAAUUUGCUUGAAGCUAUGCACGCUAUGGGCGUCAAAAUGGAAAUUUCAGAGGAUCAGCCGUCUCCAGAUUCAUCAGCACCACAAAAUUCUACGACUGGCCAGAACAAGUCUUUCUCAAGAGAUACCGGUAUUUCAGGAGCGAAUGAGCAUUCAGAAUUCAGGAAUCAGGCUUUUUCAAACAUUAAAUUCAACUCAAAUAAUUAUUCAACCGUGACUAAAUCUGAGAACACUUCAGAAAACGCAGAAAUGAGUGGAGAGCUGCAUCAAAAUAUACAAAAAUUACUUGUAAAUGAUCUCCAAACAAAUGGAUGUUUGAAUGAAGAAUCAGCCAAAGCUUUGAAUACAACAGUGAACGAAUUUUCACAAUGGAUAAAUAAGCUUGUUGCUGAAAACGAGAAGCUAAAAUCAUUAUUUGGACAGAAUCAAUCUGUUGAUACAACUCAAAACCAAGAACCACUUUUCUCAAGCGCCCCAUAUAGUCCUGAUAAUUUGAUGAAACUCAUGGUAAACUCUGAACGUACCAAGAAAGAGAAUCUAAAAGAAGGGAGAGAUCAGAAUUUAGAGAGAUCACUUCUUAGUGAUCUUCAAGCAAACGGAUGUUUAAAUAAGAAAUCUUGCUAUGCUUUAAGUAGUACAAUAAAAGAUUUCUCAGGAAAUAUUGAUGAGCUUGUAGAUGAAAAUAGGAAUAUGAAAAAAAUAAUUGGAAACGGCUCUCAAUUGACUCAGUGCUCUGAAAAUAAUCAGUUUGUUCAUGAUAUAAAGGUGAAACAUGCAACAGAAGAGGAAAUUUGUGAGCUUUUAAGAAAAUUUCCAAAUAGCACAUCGAUACAGGAAUUAUUCAGUUGUGAAGAUUCUGAAUGUAAAACAAUGGUGGUAGGUGAUUUUUCAGUGAGCUCGAAUCUGAAGACAUUGGUUAUUAGGAAAAAGGCUAAUGACGGGCAAGUCAAGUAUGUGCUCCUCGAACUUAGUCCAAACGUAACAGUAAAAACAACAUGUAAACCCGAUGAAUUUGAAGGAGAACCCUCAUUUACUGUGCAUCUGAUGACAUCACAUUACAAGUUUUCAUUAAGUUUAUAAUAAUCUUCACUGUUUUGAAAUCAUCUUCAAAACUCAGAAUGAUGGUUGCAACAGUAAUUUUCUUACAGAAAUUAUAAAUGUGGAACAAAUUCUAAUAAUAAAUUUGUUUACUGGUUCAUUUAAAAUUAAAAUUCUCAUCAUUUCUAAUAUAAUUAGAUCAUUGACUUUUUAAUUGUGGAUGAUGCCCAUGUAAGUUUUUAACGCCUGUGCGUUGAUAUGAAAGGUUGCUUGGAUGAUUGAUGAGAUGAUUAAACGUCCAUGACUACCAGCGGGAUUCGAACCCCUGAUCACGUAAUGCUGACAGAAUAAAGGUUCUAUGUCCCAGAUCACAAGACCAACCUGGCCAGCCAACUUCUAGAGAGUCUGGAAACUCGCUCACGAAAA